AUGCCGCAAAAGCGCAAGAUUCGCGAUGUCAAGAAAGUGGUUGCAGUGUCAUCGGCGAAAGGUGGAGUAGGAAAAUCAACAAUAGCAGUUAACCUUGCACUGUCGUUUGCACGUCGUGGUAUCAAGACCGGCAUUUUGGACACUGACAUCUUUGGACCUUCGAUUCCAACACUUCUCAACCUCUCCGGGGAACCACGCCUGGACGAAAACGAUUGUCUCGUUCCUCUCACAAACUACGGACUAAAGUCCAUGUCCAUGGGCUACCUACUCCCUCAAACCCAAUCCGACAGCACAACAGGCGAAGUGCCCAUGGACUCAACGCCAAUCUCCUGGCGCGGACUGAUGGUAACGAAAGCCAUGCAACAACUCCUCCACUCCGUCUCGUGGGGCCCACUGGACGUUUUGAUUCUAGAUCUGCCACCAGGCACAGGCGACGUCCAACUAACGAUAAACCAAGAAGUUGUCAUUGACGGUGCCGUGAUCGUCUCAACGCCCCAGGAUAUUGCUCUCCGCGACGCUGUCCGUGGAAUAGGCAUGUUCCAGCGCAUGGAGGUCCCAGUUCUCGGCAUGGUCCGUAACAUGGCGUUCUUUGCCUGUCCGCAGUGCGGGCAUCAAACACGCAUUUUUUCACACGGAGAUAGCCACCACCACGAGCAUGGUGAGAACCACGGCGUUGUAGCUGAGUGUAAGCGCCUUGGAGUGGACUUCUUGGGCGAUAUCCCUCUCGAUGCCCGUGUGUGCGAAGAUGCCGAUAGGGGCAUGCCGACUGUUGUUGCAGAAGAGAGCGUUGAGCGCAGUGCUAGGCGCGAAGCUUUCCUAGGUGUCGCCGAACAGGUGGCCAAGAAGAUUGGUCUUGAUUGGCGCUGA